AUGGCCAAGGGGUCUCAGCUCAGGCAGCUUAAAGCGCGCCUCUCUUCCGACGGUAUCAAGGAUAAGCGACAGAACAGUGCUGCAUCGCGAAGAAGGAAAUCCUCAUCCACAUCAGCCGGCGCGGUCCAGAAAGCGGCAGAGGAGGCACGUAGAGGAGCGCUGGCGCGGAUUCGCAGUGAUGCCACAUUCAACCCUUUCGAGGAGAGGAUCACCAAGCCAAAGCAUGAGGUGCUUGGCCGAAACCUCAAGGGGGUGACGGGUCGGCCUGGCGUGUCCAAGUCUACUGCGCUAGACCAAAGAAGGCAGAAGCUGCUACCGGAGAUUCAAGGUAGACAUCGUAGCGGAACAUUCAUCGAUCGGCGCUUUGGAGAGGGUGACGCUAAUCUGACACCAGAGGAGAGAGCUUUAGAGCGUUUCACAAGAGAGAGGCAGAACAGGGCGAGGGCUGGUGACGUAGGUGGCAAGAAGAGCUUGUUCAAUCUUGAUGAUGGUCCCGAAGAUGGCUUGACGCAUUACGGCCAAAGCCUCAAUGUGGAUGACAUGGAGGACGAUGGGCUGGGCCUCGGUGGUCUCGACGAUGAGGAUGAGCAUGGCGGUAUUGAUCGUGCCACCACUUCCAAGCUCAAUUUCGGGGGCUUCGAUGACGGAAAUAAAGAUGAUGAUGUGAGCAUACAGACGUGUGAAUGAAUCAGCAAGCACCUGCUCACGUACGCGACCGGAUCCAUUUUUUUCGCCAGCCUGAUCGCAAGAAGAGCAAGUACGAGGUUAUGCAGGAAGUCAUGGCGAAGUCGAAGCUGGCUAAGCUUGAGAGGCAGCGUGCCAAGGAGAAGGAUGAUGAUUUGCGCAUGGAGCUGGACGAUGACUUUGCGUCACUGCGCGAAGCUCUCUUUGGCCCAGCGCAAGAUUAUACCGAAGCAUUACGCGAAGCGGAAAGGACUGCGACAGAGCCUGAAGCUGAGGGCAGGCAAGCGAAAGAGAAAUUCUCCGAUGCCGAUGGGAAUGCUCAAAAACCUGCCCGAGUGGAACGAGAGAAGUCGGAGGAGUACGACGCUUUUGUCCGCGAGCUGGCUUUUGAUCGCAGAGCGCAGCCACAGGACAGACUCAAGACAGCCGACGAACUAGCAGCGGAAGAAGCGGAAAGACUGAGAAUUGCCGAAGAUGCUAGAUUAAGACGCAUGCGAGGCGAGAUGAUACCGGAUGGACGAGGUACCAACGGCGGGAUCACGAGUCGCAGAGCACCAGGCGCCGACGACCUAGAUGACGACUUGGAUUUAGAUUUGGGCAACGCUGCAGACGUCUAUGGUCUUGGUCCCGGACUUGGAGACGCUCGGGACGAGGAGGAAGAGCAUGACCGGCAAAGUUCGAACCUGGAUGACAGCGAUGACGACGAUGGGAGCGAGCAGAGCGGCGAUGAUGGCUCGCCUGAGGAGGAAGAUAUGGACGAUUUUGAAGACAUGGAAGAGCCGGCCAGCAGCGAGGAGGCUGAAGGACUGGAAGCUCAAGCGGACCUAGUUGGCAGCAAGCCGACUUCUUCUGUCCUCUCGCCAGCCAACAAGGGCUCCCCGUCACAGGAUCCUAAAGUUCCGAGCUCUUCGCUACCCUAUACGUUCUCUUGCCCAGCGACGCACGAGGAUUUCCUCGAUUUACUCUUGUCCAACGGGAUCAGCGUGUCAGAUGUACCGACAGUCGUGCAGCGUAUCCGAGCGCUGUACCAUGCUAGUCUUGGUAUCGAUAACAAGCACAAAUUGGCAGCGCUCCUCGGUGUCUUACUGGAGCACUGCCUUCACUGCUCACUUGAUGCAUCGGCCGGUGGUUUCAAGACAGUCGCAAAUCUGCUUCCUCACAUACAUGAGCUGUCCCAGACUUACCCAACGAUUGCGGCGCAGCAUUUCGUGGGUAAACUUAGUGUCAUGCACAAGAAUCUGGGACGAGGCGUUGCGAAAGGCGCGCUGGACGAGAACGCAAGGACGUGGCCAGGGCCUGCGGAGUGCGCACUUCUCAGGAUCAGUGCUCAGGUGUUCCCCACCUCUGACAGGUCUCAUCCAGUGGCUACACCUAUGGCUCUGCUGAUAGCACAGUAUCUCGCCCACUGCAGGAUCAGAACGUUGUCGGAUCUCGCCUCUGGUCUUUUCCUUGCUUCUUUGGUGGCGUCCAAUGAAAGACAGUCUAAACGGAUCUUUCCGGAGUCUCUGAACUUUCUGCACCAGGCUAUCGGUGUUUUGACGCUUGGUCCAACGACUGGCAAGGCUCCGAGGCGUGCAGAAAGCAUCAAGCAUGCAUUCGGCAUCCCUGCGCCUGACCUUGGUGCGGCGCACACUGCUCAUUUGGCACUGACGAAAGAGGAUGUUGCUUCUCUGAAGAGCGAAGGCACAUCAGCAUCCCGACCUGCCGAUCUUUUGCAUCUGUUGGCCUUCAAGUCCUCAAAGUCAGCGAGACACGACGCAAAGGAAAGAGGCGAAGUCAAGGCAUUACUUCUUCAGCAAGCAUUUGCCCUGGUCGAAGCUUUUGCGCAGCUAUAUGACGGUAGCGUAGCUUACGUCGAGCUGAUGCAACCAUACGAAGAGCUUUUGGCUUGCAUCGAUGCAGCACAUAUUGAUUUGCCUACUUCGCUACAGACUCGUGCGUCGAGUUUGCGCGCAACACUCUCAAUUGCCCUUGCUCGAGCGUCACAAAAUCGUCGAGCCUUGAGAUUGCAAGCGCACCGUGCCAUUCCGCUUGCUUCGCAAGUGCCCAAGUUCGAUCUCGGCGGCUUCGACCCGACCCGCAAGUCCAGCCGCGUCUUUGAUCCAGAUCCUGAGAGAGCGGAAGCGGCCAAGCUGCGUGCACUCGUCAAGAAGGAGAAGAAGGGGGCGGUUAGGGAGCUGCGAAGAGACGCUGCUGCUGUUGCGGAACAGCGCAGGAGAGACAACAAGGAAGAAGAGGAUAGAUAUGAGAAAUGGACUAGAAGGGUCACUGGUAGCUUGCAAGACGAGGAACAUCAGGACAAGCUGUUCAGGAAAGAAAAGGAUAAAAUCAAAAGAGAGCGCAAAAGGCAGAAUGCCAAGUGA